GGAACCGGAAGCGGGCGUCGGGUUGGGAGGCGGAGCCGGCGAAGGUAGCAGCAGCAGCAGCAGCAGCAGCAGGAGGAUGCAGGAACUUCCCAGGAACUAGAGGAAAAGUUCAAGCGCUGGGCGGAGAGACGGCGCGUGCGCAGUGCUCCUCUGCGCCCAUUGGUCGGACCUGGGGGAGCGGCGAAGGCCUCGAGCCAAUCGCUUCGCGGCGGACGCGCCCCGCCCUCCCUCGGCAUGGGCACCAGCCUGGCUCCUCCCGCCGCUCCCCGGAGGGAAGGCACAAGGGGCACUCUAAGGGGCACCAGCCCGACCCCAGAGGAGAGCAGUGAGGGGCUUGUUAGGCGCCGCGCUGAGCCAGGCGCGCGCUGCGGCAGAGAAGGGCCCGGGCAGUCCCCGGGCUGCGCUCCCGAGGCGCCCGGGGAGGCUCCUGCGCGCGGGAAAAGGGGGGGGGCUGGCCCGAGCAGGAGUGCGGGGGGGCCGUGCCCACGGGCAGAGGGCCCCCCAUCCCCCCAAGCACCGAGAGGUCCGGGCGGGAGGCGACGAGGGGCAGCCCUCCCAGAGAGACUCCGGGCCCCGGGCAGAGUCAGACCAGCCGGGGAAGGGGGAAAAGGGGGCUGGGCUGGACACCCUCCUCUGUGCUUCGCAGCCCUUGCCAAGCGCCAUUUAAACGGACCCUGGCCCCCGGAGCCUGCCCGAGGGACCUGGGGCUGCCCUUUCUCCCCAAGCCUCUUCCUCGGGAGUGGGCCCCAGGCGCCCCAUCUCCAGGGCGCUCAGCCCCUUGUUGUCAGGCUCUCUCCUCCAGGGCCCCCGCCCCCUCCUGAGGGGAGGGCGCUGGCAGCUCCUAGAGCCGCUGCCCCUCCCCCUCCGUCCUCCAGCGCGGCUCCUGGGGUUCCGUUGCAUCCUUGGGCAUCAGCAGGGAGGCCGGAGAGGGCUUUGGGGGGGGGCUGGGGCUGCUGCUGCUUCUCACACUUCCCUUCUCCUCCUCAGCAACACUCCCCAAGGACCCCUCCGCCCUCGCCCGGGGGAUGGGAAGAGCGGGGCCCCAGGCCAGGGAGAGGCCUCCUUGGCUCAGCGGCCAGCCCGGUCCAGUGAGGGAGCCGGUCACCUUUGUGGACGUGGCUGUGGAGUUCACUGCGGAGGAAUGGCGAAGCUUAAAUCCAUCCCAGAAAGAGCUGUACAAGAAUGUGAUGCUGGAGAACUAUGGGAAUGUGGUCUCCCUGGGUAAGGGGGGCUGCCCUGCCUGCCUCCUUCUCAAUGAAAAUUGUGGGGCAGGAAUCACCAGCUUGGAGAGAAGCCUCGUCUUUUUGUGACCAGGAGGUUGAACUGGCUCUUAAGGGAACGAGUUUUGCUUGGUAUCUCUGAAAACUGGGCGUCUGACUUGUCUGUGAGAGUGUGCGCCCGUCACUCCCUGGCCCUGCGGAUCCAGGAUUCUACCUUAAUGGAGCUCCCAGAGCUGAUGUCAUCCAUAGAAGGUCCCCCUUGACUUAGCAAGGGCAUUUUUCCAGUUUCAAUGAGCAGGAUUUGCAGUCUCCGACCCAGAUGUGAUCUCCCGGCUAGAACAAGGGGAAGCGGUUUGAACACUUGGAGGAGACUGCCGAAAGAGUGACUCUCCAGGUAAUAAAAGAGUUAUUCAGACCCAGAAAGUUUGUACUUCAGAGAAAGGUUAUCAGUGUAAUGAUUGUGGGAUGACUUUUCCAGAGUACAAACAACUGGCCCAACAUCAGAAAAUCUGCGCCGGAAGAAAACUUUAUGAAUGUCAUGACUGUGGAAAGUCCUUCCUGGGAAAGUCUAAAUUUAUUGUGCAUCAUCGAAUUCAUACUGGAGAAAAACCUUUUGGAUGGGAUAAAUGUGGGAAGGUCUUCUGCCAGAACUCACAACUUAUUCGACAUCUGAGAAUUCAUACUGGAGAGAAACCUUAUGAAUGUAUUAAAUGUGGGAAGGGCUUCACCAGAACUCUGACCUUAUUCGACAUCAUAAAAUUCAUAUUGGAGAAGAGAGUUAUAAAUGUAAGGAGUGUGAGAAGACUUUCCUUGAGAGCUCAGCACUUGUUCGACAUCAAAGAAUUCAUAAAAGAAAAAAGCUUUAUGAAUCCAAUGAACAUGAGAAGUUCUUCCAUGAGUGUAAAAAGUUUGCUGAAUCUCAAAGAGUCCAUACAGGAGAAAAAUCUUCUGACUAUAUGGACAAAGAAUUCACUCUAAAAAUACAACAUCAGAAAAUUCAUAUUAGAGGGAACCUUUGUAAAUGGAAUAAGAGUAGGAAGACCUGUGAUAGCUCAAAAUUCCCUGUAUGUCAGAGAAUUCAAUCUAUAGAUAAAUCUUAUGAAUGUAAUAAAUGUGAAAAGGUCUUCCACCAGAGGUCACAUCUUACUCAUCAUCAGAAAAUUCAUGUUGGAGAUAGACCUUUUGAAUGUUGUGAAUGUGGGAUGGCCUUCUGCCACAACUCGCAGCUUUGCCGGCACCAGAGAAUCCACACGGGAGAGAAGCCGUACGAGUGCACAGAGUGUGGAAAGGCCUUCAGUCGGAACUCGCAGCUCUCCCGACAUCGGAAGAUCCAUACAGGGGAGAAGCCGCACGAGUGCGACGAGUGUGGGAAGGCCUUCCGGGAGAGCAAGCAGCUCACUCGGCACCAGAGGACCCACACUGGGGAGAAGCCCUAUGGGUGUGGUGAAUGUGGGAAGAGCUUCAGCAGGAGCACGGGACUCGCCGAGCACCAGAGGAUCCACACCGGGGAGAAGCCCUACGAAUGUAGGGAGUGCAGGAAGGCCUUCCUGGAGAGCAAGCAGCUCACUCGGCAUCAGCGGAUCCACACCGAGGAGAAGCCCUACGGGUGCGAUGAGUGCGGGAAGGCCUUCCGCUGGAGGACGGAGCUUACUUCCCAUCGAAGGAUCCACACCGGAGAGAAGCCUUACGAGUGCAAGGAGUGUGGGAAGACUUUCCGCUGGGUCACGGGGCUGACUUCCCACCACAGGAUCCACACGGGAGAAAAGCCCUACAAGUGCAGCAUCUGUGGUAAGGCUUUCCGAUGGAGAACGGUUCUGACUUCCCACCACAGGAUCCACACGAGAGAGAAGCCAUUUGAGUGUGGUGAAUGCGGAAAAGCUUUCCGCCUGAGCAAACAUUUUAUUCAGCAUCAGAGAAUCCACAGUGAAGCCUUUUGAAUGGCAACGCCUCAUAAAGCUGAUGAACGUGAAGAUUUCUGCUGGGACAUCCUCUGAAACAUGGAGAAUUCGGGCUUUUUGGGUAAAGAGAUCCCCACUCUGUGCCCCACGUCAGCUGGUUGGGUGCUUUUUUCCCAGCUCCUUAGACACCUGCCCACCCCCACCCUAUCACCUGCACUGCUGAUGGGCACUUGCUUCCUCAAAACCGCUCCUCGGCCAUCUUCAGAAACGUCAUCCUUGCUCUUCCCCUUUCCUUCUGACAGAGAGGAAGAAGUGUUCUUUGUCUUUGCUGACGUCAAAUUGCCUGCCCCAUCUGAGGCCCUUCUUUCUCUCUGAGGGCCUUCUUCCAGGGGUCAUGGAGGUCAUGUGUGUGUCUGUCUGUCUCCAUCCCUGUCUCCCCCUCUGUCUGUCUCCCACCUCCUCCCACCUGCCUUGAUCAGCCAGAAUGAGCUCCUUCAAGCCUGGUUUCUUUCUCCACCCUUUACUGAAGUUCCUUUAGCAGAGUCUUUUGUGAGAUUCUUAUGACUCAGUGCUUUGACUUGUGAUGGGAGGGGUUCCUUAUCCUCCUGUGCCCUUUGACAUUGUUGCCCACUCCCUUGCUCUAGGUAAAUGCUCUCGCUUCCCCUCCUAGCCCACUUUCCUUCUCCCAUGCUGGUAGCCAUUCCCUCUCGGUCACUUCCUGGUUCCCGGUGUUAUGCACACCCCCUAAAGAUUGGUGUCCCCCAGAAAUCUACCCUUAGUCCUCUAUUCCAGUUACUCUCUAUUUUGGAAAUCCCAUUCACUAUUUUAGAUCAAAGAUUAAGAAAAAAUUCAUGAUUUGCAGGAGUUUGGAGAAGGGACAAGGUGGCUGAUGGUAGCAGCCAGGAAAACUCAAGGAAUGGGACCACUCUGUAUUUUUAGGGACAUUUACCAGGUUUAUGCCUAGGAACCCACUGAGCCUCUAGUGAGUGUUUAACAAUUGUCGGGGACUGGGUUUGGUGCUGGAGAUACCAAAACACCUCUUCUCUUUCACCUUUCACAUCCUGUCCCUGCCAUUGCCCUAGACUGGGCCCUCCUCCCUCAUGGAGGGGAGGGGGGAGAUUCUGCUGAGUAGUUGUUUCCUUCCUGGCCUCCCUCCAUCUUUCCCCUCCAGUCUGUGCCUCAUACUCUGCUGGUCUAAUCUUCCUUAAGCAUAGAUCCAAAUUCGAGACUUUUUUUUUUAUUAAAGCUGUUUAUUUUUAAAACAUAUGCAUAGUUUUCAAUAUCCACCCUUGCAAAACCUUGUGUUCCAAAUUUUUUUCUUCCUCUCUUCUCAAUAUGUGUCAUGAAAAUGUCAUGAAAAAAUGAAAUGUGU